AGGACAUUUUACAGAGAAUUGCUUCAUAAGGUGUAUAUAUUAACCAUGGCCUCACUAUUUUCAAACUUUAUGCUCAUUUUCUGGGAGGCAGCUAAACAUUUGGAGUCGAGUGCAGACGAUGAUAUCGAUGCCCAACUGGAACAAAAGCUUCUUCCCCAAGCGGCGAGCAGCAGCUCUAAAUUCAACACCAAGAAGACACAGGUCUCGCUACUCGAGAACAUUCACUGGAAGGAGGUUGCGCUUCUUACUUUUGUUUGGGUCGCGUAUCUGAUUCUGCAAAUUUCCAUGAACCAAACAGCAACCUGUUCAACAGCAUACUGGGUUCUGAACUUUUUACAGCUGCCAGUGUCGAUUGGCGUGUAUGCAUACGAGGCAAUCAGCUUGUACAAGGGAUGGAGAGUGAUCGCAUCGAAGGGUGAAAAGGGCAAGAAUUGGCAAGUGCGGGAGCUUUUAUCAUAUGGCGCCUGUGGCAUUUUGGCCGGAAUAAUUGGCGGACUACUAGGAAUCGGUGGAGGAUUUGUCAUGGGUCCUCUGUUUCUGGAGCUUGGCGUCCCUCCCGAGGUCUCGAGUGCCACCGCCACAUUUGGGAUGUCCUUCUCCUCGUCCAUGUCCGUGGUCGAGUACUAUCUGCUGAAACGUUUUCCAGUCCCCUACGCCUUGUACUUCAUUCUCGUGGCAACUGUCGCUGCCUUUGUCGGGCAACACAUCGUGAGGAAGCUGAUAAUCAUAACCGGAAGGGCAUCAAUAAUCAUCUUCAUCUUGUGCUUCACAAUAUUCGUCAGUGCUAUCUUGCUAGGCGUGGUCGGAUUAUCCAACAUGAUCGGGAAGAUCGAGCGCCAUGAAUACAUGGGAUUCGACAACUUGUGCAACUUUAGUGACUAGUUUGGCUUGCCUUUUCUGGGAAAUGUGUGUUUGUGUCUGUAUGUAUUGCUAAGCUAGCAAGUAUGAAUAGUUUGAUUUGUGAUCAGCUUUCCUGGCAACAUGAAGGAUUUGUCUCCUCUAUAGUUGAGAAUUUGAGAUGCUUGGAAGAAAAGUUCUGAAUCAUAUUCCACCUUUAUAAGA